AUGGAAACAGUAAUUCCUGUUGAAUGGCUUAUUCCACAUAAGAUAGCUAAUGGAUGGAAGUUUCAAUGUUCUACAAAUCUUCGUAAUCUUGUAGCUACUAAUCGAGCAGCUUUGUUCUUUCGUCAACUUGUUAUACUUCUUGAACAAGAUUAUCAUUUAGUCAAUUUCCAUUUUAAAAUUCAACAUAAUCGUAAAAAGAUUGAUCAAUUAGAAAUAUUUGUUUUUUGUGGUGAUGAUCAUAUUGAACAAGAGCCAGAACCUGUAUCUAUCUGUAGUUCAUGUGAUGUAACUCAUCCAUUAAGUCAAUCUACAUUAUUAUCUGAACAACAAUAUACGUAUGCAUGGCUUGAUUUUCGUAAUCGACCAAAGCUUAUUUUAACACCAAAACGUCAUAUUGAACGUUUAUCUGAAUUAAAAGAUGAAAAUGGAGAAAUGGAAGCAUUUUGGUAUGAUACUGUUGAGAUUAUCGAUAGAGAAUGUGAUAAUAUAAAUGAAUUAAUCUAUCCAGUAUUAUCACUUAAUCAUGGAACAUUUCGAAAACAUGCACAUAUGCAUUUAAAAAUUGAUAUUUCAAAAGAUAUUUGGGAAACAAAAAUAGUACCGCGGCAUAAAGAAAAACUUGAUUAUCUUGAACAAUUAUUGAAACAAACAGAACUGAUUAGUGCUUGUUUUACUGAACGGCAUUUACAACAAGAAAUACAAAAAGGUGUAAUUGGAAAUAUGAAUAAUGAGUUGAAACAAACGGAUGUUCAAACUAAAUCUAUUUCAAAAUAA